AGGGAUAAAGGAUAAAACACUUUGCUGUUAGCAUGGACGGGGAGUGCAAUGCUAGCCAUAAAAGGCUUAACAAUAGCCUAGUGUACACAGGACAAGGAUGGGCCUACUUCAGACAGAAACACGUGAUUCUUACACUUGGUUUCCUGGGACUUUCCUAUAUUCUGAUUUUGGCUCUCUUCAUAACUGUCUCAUCUAGGUCAUCUACAUCUGGUUCAGAAAUCCCAACUGAGCUAAGAGAAAUGAAGAAUGACGUGGCUAAUAUUACCCGGAAAAUAAAAAAGCUUGAAAAACACCAUAAGAAAAAUGGGGUGGACUGUGACUCUGAAUGGAUUGUAUUCAAUGACAGUUGUUAUUACUUCACUGUUACUAAAUCAAACUGGAUGAAGGCUAGAAGUCUUUGUGUAAGAAAGGGGAGUGAUCUAGCUGUAAUUACAAGUGAAAUGGAGCAGAAAUUUCUGUCUCCCAAAGUAAACAACAACCAGUAUUGGAUUGGUUUGGGUUAUAUUGAUGAAGGUAAAUUGACAUGGGUGGAUGGAACAGACUACAAUGCAUCAUUUAAAUUCUGGAAGAAGGGACAGCCUGAAGAGACCGAGAAAAAAAAUGAAAACUGUGUCCGCUUAUCGACCGAUGGAGAAUGGACUAGUGUACAUUGCAUCAAUAUUCAAAAUUAUGCUAUCUGUGAGAAAAUAAAACAAAUAUGAGCUGAUACGCUAAAAAAAGACCAAAGCUUUUCUCUUUAAAUUGAUAUCUUUACAAAUCUUUACAGUAUAUUACCUAUUAAUAUUAUUAUUAUUUA